AUGGAAACCGAGGCAAGUCACAUGCUGGAGGCAGCUCUGGAGCAGAUGGAUGACAUCAUUGCAGGUUCAAAAGCAGCAGCGUUGGACCUCACUAAUGGCGUGUGUGACCGCGGUUCUGCAAACAGUUCCAACCCACUGCAGGUCAUUCAAUUAGCUACGGACCUCAAACUUGCGUUGGAACUCCAGCCUAACCAGGAUGACAGAGAGCACCUCAGAGCACAAUUGCCCACAGAAACAGCAGAAGCCCUUAAAGACUGGCUCCAAAGUGGAGAUGUGAACUUGUGUCCUCCUGCCAACAAUGAAACAUACCAAGAGAGACUACUCCGCUUAGAGGGGGACAAGGAGUCUUUAGUGUUACAGGUGGGUGUACUGACUGACCAGGUGGAGGCCCAAGGGGAGAAGAUCCGGGACCUCGAAAGCUCCUUGGAGGAACACAGACGGAAACUUGCCUCCACUGAAGAAAUGCUGCAACAGGAGCUGGUGAGCAGGACGUCUCUUGAAACCCAGAAGUUAGAUCUGUUGGAUGAAGUCUCGUGCCUGAAACUCAAGUUGGUCAGCAUUGAGGAAACCCACAACACACACCGACAGGAGUCCAUGGACACAAAUCAGAAUAAGGCAGAGUGCGUGGUAAAUCUCAUCAGCGAGCUCCAGGAGCAGAUGUGCAGGUUUCAGGAGGAAAUCAGCACUCGCAUUCAGGAAAAGCAGGCACUUGAAGAUCACGGCAGCCAGGUCGGAGAGCCUCGUGCCGAACGAGUCCAGGGUCACGGCUCGUUGGUCAGGCUAGGUGGCACAAACAUGAGUUUGUUACAUUUGUGAAAUAAAAAUGUUUAUAUGUCCCCGCAGGAUUUAUUAGAAGAAGUUAAGCAGCUCAAGAAUAAAGUAGAGGAGCUCGAGGGAGAGAAGGGACAGUAUGAGAGGCAACUUCAAGUCACAAAGGCAGAAAUCUCAGAUCUGCAGCAGCUCCUUGCUUCUAAAGAUGCUGAGAUUGAAUGCCUUCAGACCCAACUUCUGGCCAGAGGCAGCACAGCCAAUGACAACGCAGAGAGAGAGGAGGUGUAUAUCAAACAGCUGAUAAACAAAUACCAGGAAUACCAGAGACUAAAAGUGGGUAUGGAGUCUCUUCUAGCUUCAAACGACGAAAAGACACGGCGCAUAGAGGAACUAACAACUCUGCUUGGCCAAUAUAGAAAGAUCAACGAGCUUAUGUCACUUACACAUGCCAGUAGUGAAGAGGAGUUGAGUGGCAGUUUAAAAGGACGAAGAGCUAUCACACACAAAGCCCACUGUGAUAUCUAUAGGUCAGAGAUUCCAUCAAGAGGAUCUUCCCCUUUAAUGUUAUCCUCAUCACCUUACCAGAGAGAACUGGAUUCAUGUUUUCAGAACUCUAUGGACGUAUCGCUUUCUGCUGGUGAUCCAAGCUUCUUUAAUGGAUCAUGGCAUCAGCGCAGGUUACAGUCUAGCAGUCUUGAGGAAUUGCAGAGCAGAUCUUUACAAAAGUGUGUAGAGAUCCUGCCAGAUGAAAGUGAAUCAGACAUAGGGGGAGAGAAUCCCCACAUGGAGCUGAACAAGUACCAGACGCUGCCAGGAAAGCUGAGUCGAAGGGGUGAGCUCAGAAGCAAGCUGAAUGGUGACAGAGAAGGAGAAGAGUAUUUGUCUCCUGUAAGGCUCUCACCUCUCCUUAGCCACGACCAGGACUACAGUCAAAUUCGCUUCAGGAGUGCCAGUGCUCCAGUUUUAGGAUCUCCUGGAAAGUAUGAUAUUUACUAUACCGAAUCUUCAGAGCAUCUAGAAGAGUGUAUAUUAUCAGACCAGUCUCCCCUAUCUUCUGGAAUGGACUCUGGUCAGCACUCUCCUAUGUCACCAGAAAACAGGAAAACUCAAAGAGGCCUAAAGAAACUCUGGGGGUUAAUUCGUCGUAGCCAGUCAGGGAGUCCAGUCCAAGUACAUGACCCUGAGCUUGGCGAUUUCAAGAGGGGGGGCACCAGAGCCACAGCUGGACCAAGACUUGUACGUUCAGGGAACAUUCGAGACCUGAAAUUGGCGUUUUCUAAGUGGAGCACAGAGCAGGUGUGUGAGUGGCUCGAGGACAUUGGACUUGGCCAGUACACCAUCUUAGCUCACCAGUGGGUCACCAGUGGUCAAACACUACUUACAGCCAGCCCACAGGACCUAGAAAAGGAAAUGGGAAUGAAAAAUCCAUUGCACAGAAAGAAACUGCAUUUAGCCAUCAAGACAUUUAAUAGCAAGCGGCACGAGAAGUCUGCAGAGCUCGAUUACCUCUGGGUCACUCGCUGGCUAGAUGACAUCGGACUUCCACAGUAUAAGGACCAAUUUAAUGAAGGAAGAGUGGACGGACAGAUGUUGCAGUACCUUACUGUGAAUGAUCUGUUAGUCCUAAAAGUGACCAGCCAGCUGCAUCAUCUCAGCAUCAAAUGUGCAAUUCACGUUCUACAUGUUAACAAGUUCAACCCCUACUGCCUCAAGCGCAGGCCCGGCACUGAGAACCACUUUGCUCCCAGUGAGGUCAUCCAGUGGUCCAACCACAGAGUCAUGGAGUGGUUAAGAUCUGUGGACCUGGCAGAGUACGCCCCUAACUUGAGGGGGAGUGGCGUUCACGGUGGACUAAUAAUGCUGGAGCCUCGGUUUAAUUCCGACUCACUGGCCAUGCUGCUGAACAUCCCUCCUCAGAAAACGCUACUGAGACGCCACUUAACCACCAAUUUCAGCAACCUGGUGGGAGCGCAGGCCCAGCAGGAGAAGCGAGAGUACACAGAGGCAGGGAGCCACACACCCCUCAGCAUCACUGCUAAAGUCAAGCCCAAAAAGUUGGGGUUCUCUAACUUAACUCAUCUGCGGCGGAGGCGUCCCGAUGAAUCCACAGACUACGUUUGCCCCGUGGAGUCGGCCGGGGCUCUGGAGGGACAUUCUACAGUAAACGGGGCCCAGAUACAUCACUACCACAACAACAACUUCAGAGGCCUCAGCCCAAUUCUGGACAGAGAAGCCCAUCACUCCUCGCAUGAGUUGGGGAUCACAAGGCGCACUAUGUUGGAAAUUGAAGCUCUCUCUGAAAGCAUCAACAACAUGACAUACCUGCUCGGCCGCGACGAGGCGCAGAAGGAGCUGAGGAAGUCCCAGACAGCGCUGGUUUAA